CUUUAUUCAUUCACUUAUUCGCUCUCAUCUCUCCCAAAGAUGAUCUAUUGCCUCAGCAAACUGACUCUGCUCCGUUGGGCCAGCCCCAUAGAAAUAGAAUGAAUAGAAAGGGCAUCUCCAUUCAAGUCAAUGAUGGCAUAAUGGGUGGACUGGGAACCAUUUUGAGUGUACCCAUAGCUAGGUUUAAAAUAUACAGGUUAAGACAAGAGGAUUCUAAUAUCCCAUAACUCUUUGCGACACUAUUAAACAAGGGACCAGCUUCUGCAUUCGGAAUGACUAGAGUGAAAGGUAGCAGCACAGAAAGUGAAAAAUGAACACAAUUGAGUGAAUUUCAGCCAACUACUCAGCGAACACAUAGCAUAACUGCUUAACUGCCAUUAUAUUCAUUCAGACGUUUUUAAAAAUAUAUAUACUGUAAACCCGAAUGUUCAAAAUAAUUAAUUGUAAUAAGUAGUGUAAACUUAAAAUGUUCUUAAAAGUUGUACUUACUUAAAAAAUGUUGAGUGCCAGUAGCAAUUUUCUUCUUUUUGAGUUUAUUGAACUUGUAAUUUUUGAAUAAUAUGAACAUUUUUCAUUUUUAUGUAACUGCUACUUAAAAUUAUUAUUUUUUAAACUUAAAUCUAUAUGGAUUAAACAUGAAUUUAUGUCUUAUUUUGAAAGAACAAAUAAAUCAAAUCAAGAACGAAUUGAGAAUAAAUCAAUUGAAUCAGAUAGAUUUGUAUAUAUAAAAUAUCAAACGCACACACACAUGUAUAUACGUUUAUAAAGAAUUAAUUGUUAAUAGUUUGCUUGUUACAAGGUUGGCUAGUUAAUAAAUUACAUAUAUGCGCUCACAUAUUUUAUUUUGUAGUAUUUGCAUGCACUUCCUCUUCAGGCAGCAGACCGGAGCCGAGGAGAAGAGCGGGAGACCGGAGGGUAACACUCAGCUCUGCACAAAUGAGUUGUGAAUGUUGCUGCAACAAAUAUGACUUGGCACUGUAAGUUGUGUUCAGCUUCUUUUACCACUAGAAAAUAUUUAUUUAAACACUGAAGACUGCAGCACAGCCACUUUUCAAAAAUUAGCACACUCCCAUGCCUCCAUGAUGAUUGCAUGUGCACAUUUCAGACACUUAGUGCACUGAGUACUCAUCUGUCAAGAUAUCAUACUAAAGAACAUAACAGCAAUGCAAAGAGAUUCAGGAACUUGUGACUUUCAAGUGUCCUUUAUGCACAUUUCAGCAACCUUUUUCUGAGUCUGUACUCCUCAGUCACAUAAGAACACACUUAAAAAAGCAUGAGACAGUGGUAUGCCCAUACAAAGGUUGUAACUAUAGCACAAAUGUAUACGGUUCUUUAAAUUCCCAUAAAAGUAGAGUGCAUCAAGCGAGUCUUGCGUCAGACUUUGGUAGUGACAUUGUCUAUGAACAUACUUAGAAUCUCCAAGCCACCAACUCUAACGUCACUAUUGAUGUGGAUGAAGAGUGUCCAGUUCAGAGCACAGAAAUGCAGGAUGAUGAGCAGUGUGAUACUUCAAAACUAAAAAAUCAGCUCAAACUUAAUGCAGCAUCUUUAUUUCUAAAGAUACAGGCUAUCCUUCAUGUGUCAAACACAGCUUCACAAUAAAUAGUUGAUCACUUGAAUCAGAUUUUCUCUUUAUCUCAGCCAUUGAUCAAGGAUGCAAUUAAUGAUAUAUUGCAGAGACAUGGUCACAAUAUCACAGAUUCCACACUCAAUGAAGUUGUCAGUGCUGUCAUGGACUCUAAUGUUGUAUUUAGUGCAACCUCCAAAGGUGCAGAGUUGUCCUCUUAUAAGCGAAGGAAGACAUUUAUAGAGCACAACUAUCCAUUGGUAAUGCCAGUAGAGUACCAUUUAGAAGCACCUGGUCAUACCAUCAUGUAUGUUCCAAUCCUUCAAAUGAUUAAGGAGCUGUUUAAAAACACAGAUAUCCUGAGCAAGAUCAGAGAACCAAACACUGAGCCUGGUUAUUAUGUGUCAUAUUGUGAUGGCUCUCAUUUCCAGGAAAAUGAGUUACUCUCAACAGAAGAUCUACACCUAGCAAUACAGCUAUAUAUUGACGAUCUUGAAAUCGCUAACCCUCUCGGCACAUCACGUAAAGUUCACAAACUUUGUGCUGUGUACUGGGUCCUAGCAAAUGUGCCGCCCAAGUAUAGAUCAGCAAUGCACACUAUACAAUUGGCCAUGCUAGCUAAAGUGACAGACCUCCAGAAAUAUGGAUAUGCAGCUGUACUUGCUCCACUGGUUCGUGAUGUUCACACACUUGAACAGGAUGGUGUUUUCAUUGAAUCUGUUGGUCAGAAUGUGAAAGGCACCAUCUUCUGUGUUUCUGCUGACAAUCUGGCUGCACAUGGGUUAGGUGGCUUUUUGGAGUCAUUCAGAGCAGAUUAUGUUUGCAGAUUCUGUAUGGCCACAAGUGAACAGUUUCAAACAACUGAGGUAAAAAAGGAGGAAUUUGUCCAGAGAACCAAAGCGAGUCAUGACAUUCAUGUACAAAAUGUCCUCCAAGAUGAGAGUUCAAGCAGCCAAUUUGAGGUUAAAGGUGAUUGUGUCUUCCGUGAGUCACUUGAGCACUUCCACCCUAUCACAGGUUUUCCUCCAGAUCUACUACACAAUCUUUUGGAAGGAAUCGUUCCAGUUGAACUUGCACUUUGCAUUAGAGAAAUGAUUCGGCUUAAGCACUUCACUUUAGAGUAUUUGAACCAAAGGAUCACAUCAUUCCCAUAUCAGCACACUGAUAAAGUAAAUAAACCUCAUCCAGUUCCCAAAACAUUCAUGACCCGGAAAACAAUUGGAGGCAACGGGCAUGAAAAUGCCACGCUGCUCAGAUUACUUCCGUUACUUGUAGGCAGUAAAGUACCAGAGGGUAAUGUUGUAUGGGAGGUUUUGAUGGACUUGAAAGAGUUGGUGGAAUUAGCAUUGUGCCCAUCAUUUUCUGAUGAAACAUUGGACUAUUUUGUUUGCAAAAUCAGUGACCACAGACAGAUCCUACAAGAGGCUUUCCCUGAGUUUAGGCUUCGUCCUAAACAUCACUAUGUGGAACAUUACCCCACCUUAGUUAAGUGCUUUGGGCCCCUGGUGCAUGUUUGGACCAUGCGAUUUGAAGCUAAACAUCGCUUCUUCAAGAGAGUGGUGCAUGACGCUCAAAACUUCAAAAAUGUAUUGAAGACACUGGCAAUCAGACACCAACACAUGAUGGCAUAUCACCUUGGUUCACCAUUGUUUUUCAAACCAACAACGCAAACAUCCAGGGUUGACUCUGUUUUGGUUUCAGCUCUAGCAGAAGUAGCUCAGGCUCACAUUAGAGGACAAACAACUAGUGACACUGUCUAUCGUACAUCAAAGGUGACCAUUGAUGGCACAGACUAUACCAGUGGCAUGUUUGUGUCAGUUGGAAUCAGUGGGGGACUGUCAAAAUUUUGCAGACUAACACAGAUCUACCUUGUGAAUCACAAUGUUUAUUUUCUCUGUUGUGAUUAUGACUCCUGGUAUGUAGAGCAUCUUCGAUCCUAUGAGCUGUCAGCCAUACAGGGAAGCAUGUAUAUCCACCUGCAAUCUGACUUCAAUGAUACAAUUCCACUCUCUGCAUACAAGAUUGAUGGCUUGCUGCUGUUGACUCCCAAGAGGUUCAUACAAGUGAGACAAAAUUAAGACCACUCUAUGGUAAGUAAUUCUUCAUAAAAUCAUUAAUUGUUAAUUUAUUGGAAAAUGUGCUCAGUAUAAUCAAUCAUUAUAUAAAUCAACAUUAGGGCUGACCCAAAAAUAUCAAAGCUUCGAAGCUUCGUUCGUUGCCAUGGUAAUCGAUCAUGAAGUCUGUGAUCUAUUUUUUUAUUUAUUUUCUUUUUUGACACCGGUUAUCAUCGGCAAUUGUUACAUUGAAAUGAGCAGGCUACUUGGCAUCCUGGAAACCUGCCUGAUACGUUUUGGAGACAUGCAGUGUUUGUUUUGCCAUACAUUCAUUAUGUCCGCCAGGACCACCCAGGACUUGCUGAUGCCCCCCUGGUAAUGUUGUAUUAACCGUUUAUAAGCUAUUUGUGACAUAAUGAUAUUUUCUUAAUGUAAUUUUAGCUUUUCUGAGUUUGAAUAUUUUCUACUAUUACAUAGUUCAUCUUAAAGUAUAAACAAAUUGCCCAGAAGUA